UUGACAUCGGAGGAGGCGCCGAGCCGCGCGGACGCGCCAUGGCGAAACUCCCGUUCUGCGGACUUUUCGUGCAAACUGGUUGCAAAGAUUGGAACUGUGUUGGCGGCGCCCUUCGCGUGCGCAGCAGGGCGAUAUGUUUUCACCAGUGGACACGAAAGGUGUGUUGCGAGGCCAUUGCAAUGCCCCGCAAUGUGAGUGCGACGGAUUUUGCCGUUCUGCGAACAACGUACCUGCUGCACCAUUCCAGGCCGCUUGGUGCUCAUACUGUGGGCACAGCCCAGUACAACAUGCUCGAAUUGGGACAACCCAGGACGUGUAUGUCUCAGCAACCAGUCAACUGCCAGAAGUGACUCAUACACAGGCCACCAGUGGCACUCAGCUGUACCACUGCACUGCUGCUGAAAUUGCCAGCACCAGCGGCUUUGUAACAGCUGUUUCACAGCAUCUCGGUACGUGCUAA